AUGAUGAAUAGUACAACGGGCAACGUAACCGACAUCGACGAAGUCACUUAUCCAUUAGUGGUUCAAAUAAUUCAAACUAUCUUAUUCACAGUCGUUUGCAUAGUAGGUCUAGUCGGUAACACGUUAGUCAUCUACGUGGUUAUCAGAUUUUCGAAAAUGCAAACCGUCACCAACAUGUACAUCGUCAAUUUGGCAAUAGCAGAUGAAUGUUUCCUGAUUGGUAUACCUUUCUUGAUCACUACCAUAUUGAACAGGCAUUGGAUAUUUGGUUACUUCGCCUGCAAGGCUUACAUGCUUUCGACUGGUAUAAACCAGUUCACCAGCUCCAUUUUAUUAUGCGUCAUGAGUGCUGAUAGAUACAUCGCUGUUUGUCAUCCUAUAUCAUCGCCGAAAUGGAGAACGCCUUUUAUAUCUAAGAUAGUAUCUCUGUUCGCUUGGACGUUCAGCAUUCUCCUGAUGAUACCCAUAAUACAACAUUCUCAAGAGAUCAAUAACGAAGAUGGAAAAACUUCUUGCGUUAUAGAAUGGAGCACUUUCGAAAGCAGUUACAGCAAUUAUACAAACGCGACUGACGAUUUUGAUAAUAGCAGACCUGCUCAGAUAUUUACUUGGUACACUUUCAUAUUCGGUUUCGCUAUACCUUUAUGUUUAAUCAUAUAUUUUUAUUGGUUAGUUAUUUUGAAACUUAAGAAUGUCGGACCGAAAAAUAAAUCUAAAGAGAAGAAAAGAUCGCACAGGAAGGUCACCAAUUUGGUGUUGAUUGUCGUCACUGUUUACAUUAUAUGUUGGUUGCCUUAUUGGGUGACGCAGCUUGCCAUCAGUGAUGACGUUAAUGACACGUAA